GAAGCGAACUCAGUUGUUCUGCGACGCGCAACUUGUUAGCGUCGUGGUAUUGUGUAUCGCGUUUUAUUUUGCUGUUUAACUUUUUCAUAUGUUUUCUUUGUUUAAACAAUUGUCGUAGUAGAUUUAUUUGGCUAUUCUUAAAAUCUUGAACAUAUAUUAUUUGAUAAUAAUUGGAAAUAUAUGCUUCGAUAUUAUCCGAAGGAAGGUUACGAAUCGACACGCCAGGUCCGGGUUGACGAACCCUCUGAAAGAGGCGGACACGUCGGUUCUCUAAAAAUGCAGCGCGUCGUUAGAGCUUAACACGCCUAUGAAUCGUGUGAACGGAAAAUAAUAAACGACAUUCUUAAAAUUAAAAGAUAAACGAGAGCGCAAAAAGAGCAAUCGUAUCAUCAUUGCACUUGGAGUGGAAAGGAAAUCGAUCGAAAAAAAAAGAUCGAGAUGUGUAAUCGAAACGACAACGAUGACGAUGACAACGCCGCAUUGUUGGAUCGCUACUUCGAAGGAAUCGAGUUUCAAUCUCGAAUCGAAAGAUUUUGAAGCUCGAUCAACUUGUAGUAAAGACCCGGAAGCCGCUAUAUUGGAGAAGAAGCGAGAAAGCGGCGUGCCGCUCUUCUGUGUACCGCGGCAAAGGCGAUCGUCGCAGCCUGAAAAUAAUGAAGAGAUGAUCGCAAGCCUAUCGAUACACAGUGGCGGCGGAGGAGGUGGAGGCGGCGGCGGUGGAAGCAGCGGACGCGUGGGUCGUGGAUUGGCCCUUCACAGGUCCAAUUCGAGCUUGGAGCUUCCUCACAGUCCAGACCCUGCCUCUCGAGUGCCGGAGACUCCCCUGCGUAGGGAGUAUGGAUCUCACGGAAGCAUCGACGUAGUGACACAAUCGGGAGUGAUGAUCGGGGAGAAUCUGUUCGCUAUGCUUCAAGACUUGAGGCCGUCCGCGUCGGUGGCCUCGUCGACGCCCGAUCAACGGAAUUCAGUCGGCGUGGAGUACCUGAGACGCGUCCCCGACGGCCAAUCGGUCGACGUGNNNGAAGUAUGCGGCCCGACCGGCAACUCCAGCCCGAAAUUACGAUUGAAAUUGCACAGACUGUGGGGAGCUAAGGCGGCGCCACGCGCCAUGGAGGAGAGCAGCUGCGGCAGCCCCGUCGUUUCGGCCGACGUCGAGGAGAGGCACAGAAGGCGGGCGUUCGCCCAUUACGAUUGCCAAUCGCUCACAGCCAAUCUCGGCUACGCUGCCAAGCUGAGAGGCAUCCUUCUCGCGCGCAGAAGGAACACCGCCACCGGCGCCUCGGCCGCGAGCUCCUUCAGAGCGUCGACACCCGACGAAACCCCCGAGGAAGAUGCCGGCGAUGGCAGAGGUAACGACUUGUUGGAGUCGUGCCCCUUCUUUCGAAACGAGAUCGGUGGCGAGGGGGAGCGGGAGGUGGGGCUGACUCGAUGCUCCCCGGGCAACGGAGUUCACAGACCGUCCCUGUCGUACGGCGUCGCCGUUUUGGAACCUGGGCCCGGGGAAACCUCCUGGAAGCACACUUGCCCCCUUCAGAAACGGCCGCUCCCUAUCGAGAGCGUCGACGAGGGUGCUCAUUAUUACAGACGGUAUUUCCUCGGCCGAGAGCAUCAGAAUUGGUUCGGUAUGGACGAGCAGUUGGGCCCCGUAGCCAUCAGUAUUCGAAAGGACACGAACCAGUACAGGAUAAUCGUGCGCGCGUCGGAGCUGCUUACGCUCCGCGGCUCCGUCCCGGAGGAGGCGUUGGGCGGCAUAAGGCCGCAGGGCAGGGUGCCCACCAGGGAGCUGUUGGAAUUGGUCGCGCCCGAGGUGCAACUCGGUUGCCUCCGCUCGGGGACGGCCGCCGCCGAGGAGGCGCUGGCCAGAUUGGACGAGCAGGGGUUGUCCAACAAGUACAAAGUCGGUGUCCUGUACUGUAGGUCCAACCAAAGAACCGAGGAGGAGAUGUACAACAAUCAACACGCGGGGCCCGCCUUCCUCGAAUUUCUCGACACGAUCGGCCAAAGAAUAAGGUUAAGGGGGUUCGAGGGGUAUAAGGCGGGCCUGGACACNCUCUUCAACUACAACCGUUGCGUGUUAUUUUACUCGCUGUUUUCAUUCCAGGAACCUGGCGCGUUGCCUUUCAGUCCGCGGAGGAUACGCUCUCAAUUCCAACACGUUUUCAUCGUGGUCAGGGCUGUCGAUCCAUGCUCUGACAACACUCAGUACAGAGUGGCGGUAUCCAGAAGCAAAGAAGUGCCGAUUUUCGGCCCCCCUGUCCCUCAGGGCGCCAUCUUUACCAAGGGGAAAACAUUCGCCGAUUUCAUCCUGGCAAAAGUGAUCAACGCGGAAAAUGCUGCGCAUAGAUCGGAAAAGUUCGCAACCAUGGCAACCAGGACGAGGCAGGAAUACUUGAAAGAUCUCGCAACGAAUUAUUCUUCAACAGCCGUGGUUGACACCGGACAGAAAUUUUCUAUGCUGUCGUUCAGCAGCAAGAAGAAAACUGCGGUACGACCAAGAUUAUCCUGCGACGCGAUGCAACGCGGAGCCAUAUGCUGGCAGGUGAUACUUGAGGACAGCAAUCAGAACACGGAUUGCUACCUGGGUGUAAGCAUAGACACGAUCGUCCUGAUCGAGGAACAUUCGAGACAAAUUGUAUUCGUCACUCCAUGCGUGAGCGUGCUGGGAUGGCACGCCCAAACUAACAGCUUGAGAUUGUACUAUCACCAAGGAGAAUGUAUCACGAUUCACGUGCGCGGUGAUUACGGGGAAAGGGACGAGUUAAUGGAGAUAGUUGCUCGUCUACGCGCCGUAACACCAGGAGCACCGGCCACCGAACUAUCCUUGAAGAGGAACAGCUUGGGACAAUUGGGUUUUCACGUUCAACCCGACGGAGUGGUAACGCAGGUCGAGAGUAUGGGGCUCUCCUGGCAAGCGGGGCUGAGGCAGGGAUCCAGGCUCGUCGAGAUCUGCAAAGUAGCUGUGUCCACUUUGAGCCACGACCAGAUGGUCGAUUUGUUGAAAACGAGCGCUCAGGUCACUGUCACUGUGAUACCACCGAAUAACGAUGGUAAUCCAAGGAGAGGCUGUACGCUGCAGAAUUGCCAAUACUUGUCGAACAAUUACGAGGGGGAUUACGAAAAUGUAACCAGUCCGGAUAACACGCCAACUCAGCAGGCAGCUAUGCCGCAUCAGAAACGGUACGAGAGAUCUUUCAGCCCACCACGAUCGAGCAACAGUUCCGGUUAUGGGACAGGAUCUAGCUCAAGAUCGUUCAACGAUCCGCGUUUCCCCAUGGAAGGCACGAUGACGAGUAGUAGUAGCGGGCACAGUAGCAACGAAGAUCGUUGGUACGAGCUGUUGGAACCGCAGGAUCAGGAAAGUGCAGGGUAUCGUACCAAUGGCGGCACUCCCCCACCACCGCUUCCAGCUAGGCAAUCAUUUCAGAUGAUCGCUUCGAAAUCUUCUCAGAAGAAGGAUAAAGAGUCCCAUUACGCGAGCGCUAAACAAUUUUCCGAGAGUUCGAAGCACCAUGGCCAUGAUCAUUAUCAGAAAGAGGGCAAUUACGUGUCACCGAAAGUGGUACAGGAUAACAUGAGACACGAGAAUUAUCAAAGGCAAUUGGACAACGCCCAUCGUAAUCAGGACCACGUCUCCUCUAAUUACGUGAAGCUUCAAAAGGAGAAAUACGAGAUGAAGCAAGAAAAUUUAUACGCGUCCCAGAGAGAGCUUCAAAAGAGCGAUAUGCAUUACGUAACUCAUCAAAAGUUGAGCGCAUCCAACUCUUUACCCUUAGCCCAGAACGCGGCUUACAGUCUUCCAAAGUCUAGCAGUAAUAACAAUCUCGGUAGAUGCAACGAAGGAUACGAGCACGAAGGGAAACAGGACAGAAAUUCGAAGUACGACGGGCAGGAUGAAAAAUUGAUGGAUAGAACGUCGUGCAAAUACGAGCAGGAUAUAAGGGGCCACGAGGCUAAGAGAGCGUCGACGAUCAAUUACGAUUAUCCCGAGGAGAUAUACGAGAGACGGAACAGCAAAUACGACAUGGAUGUGUCGAAUAAGUAUGAAAUCGAGUGUCAACACAAUAUCAAUAUCAACGAGAGAAAGCAUGGCGAUAAUCAAAUUGAACCUAAUCGGGACACCUCCAUACGAUACGAUUUGCCGCACGAGUUCAAAGUUGGGGAGAAGGUUACGUGUUUGAAAACUACCAUCACCGAGAGGCCCGUCCCUCACAAGAUAAACAUCGAGUAUCGCCAAACGAAAGAUUUCGCCACAAGCCUCCCCCCCGAAAUGAGAAUCGUCGAUGUCAAUUGUCCGGAGGUGGCUACAUUACCGAGCGAGGAUGAAUUGUCGAACGGAUCCGGCAGCGUGUCACCUCGACUGAGAAGAGCGAACAAAUCGCACCGUGGGGGAAAUCUAACGCCUUCGAGCGGUGGUUCGAGGAAUCAGAGUCCGAGACCGAAGCCGGGCGUACGAAAUUCGCACAGGAAUUCGGCGAAUUUAACGUCGAGUACGCUUCAGGAAGAUCUGAUGAAACUGAUCAAUCCCGAUUAUAUAGGCGACGAUGAUCAAAUAAUAACGAAUAACAACGUGACCGGGAACGCGUUGAUCGCCAAUCAGAAUCCGAACAAAAUGAACAACAACAAUAUGCUCGAGAUACAGAACAGGUGUAGAUCGAGAGAGAAUUUGUGCGGUGGUAAUGGGAACGCGUUGACCGUGUUGCCGGCUAACGGCCAGGAGAACGGCAACACUGGAUCCGAGGUGAUCUUGACGAUGGCCAGGCCAGCAACGGUUAUUUCGAAUGCAAGCACAGCGUCGAGUCCCGCGCCGAGCGAGAACAAAUUGUCGAAGGAAGAGAGAUUGUCACCGCGCGUUACCAAACCUCCCCAAUCGAUUUCCAAAGCAUCGGCCAACUUGACACCGUCCAUCAAAGACGUUGCGAAAAAUCAUAACGAUACGGACGUGGACCGUUGGCCACAAAUUCACCACGUGGAUUCUAGAUCGAAGCAGCACGCCCAAGAAUGGCCCGACGAGAGACUUAUCGAUGGAUGCAAUACCAUCGCAAAUUCCGUGUCGGAUUUGCAGUCUCAUUUGUCCACUCUUGAACUGAGAGUAGCCAGAGAAACUCGUCGAAGGCUUUCCUUGGAGGACGAAGUGCGUCGUUUGCGGGACGAGAACCGACGUUUACAGGAUGAGAGUCACGCGGCUGCGCAACAACUUCGACGUUUCACCGAAUGGUUUUUUCACACGAUAGAUCAUCAAUAAUAUCCAAACAAAUAUCGUAAUUCGAGGACAAUCGUUCGAACAUGGAGCACAUGGAGCUUUCUUUUUCUUGUUUCUUUUUUUUCUACAAUCCAUCGUUCUAAAAUUACAAUCAUUUUGUUUUUUCUUUUUUUUCGUAAGAGCAGUAUUAGUUUCGCGUUUUCUCGAACAUCGACUAUCGCGUAUUCUCUUAGAGAUUAAGAGGCGAAUAAAAAAGAAGACAAUUCUAAAAUCGUUGCACGUGCAUAUGCGUUAAAGUGAAUUCUCAAGUAUGUAUACGUGUAAUGCGCAUUUGUUCGCGAUAUCAUCACGAGUAUGCAUGCUCGGUAUUCUGUAUUAUAGUUAUACUUUAGGUAUAAUAAGGUAGCUAAUAAGAGUACAAUAUAAGUUACCAUCGUGUCACGCUCCAUCGAACUCUCCAUCAAAUGUUUAAGAGAGAAAAAAAAAAAAAAAAAAAAAAAAAAAAAAAAAAAAAAAGUAGCGUGUAGAUGAGAGUAGCCAGCUCUAGAAAAUUGACUCAAAGAACGUUGCUUUGUUCACGAUGCGCGUUGAUCACGAUUACAUCUCACUUCAAAAAAAAAAAAAA